GAAGAGUCACCAGGACAAUCAUUUCCCUGGCAGCAGCAGUAGCACAUGGGGUGUUUGGAGAAGAGCUAAAGCACUCUGGAGCCGGGCAGCAAAUACCCCCCCAGUAGAGCCGUCUCUCAGGCCAGGAAGGAGGACAUUGAUAGGAAGUGUUGAAAAUCCAUUGCCAGCCAAAGCCAGACCUGGACAUUAUUCCAGACCACUGGAAACCCUCCGAACAUUUGGAACAAAAUAUCAUCUUAGAGAGACGCUAUGUCGAGGCUCUGGAUUAUGGUCCUUGUUCUGCUGUGGAUUCCAGUCCUGGCCACCACACAGUUCCCAGGCAGUGCCCAGUGCCCUGAGAACUGCUCCUGCUUCUUCUCCCAGUGGUUUGUGCGGUGCUCCAAUGCCAGCCUUUCCUCUCUGCCCCUUGGCAUUCCCAAUGCCACGGUGGAGCUCGACCUGCAGCACAACCAGUUCAGCACCCUGUCUGCAGGGUUCUUCCCAGAACUGAAUGAGAUCAGCAGCCUUUACCUCGGCAGCAGCGGCAUCUGCCAGAUUGAGCCAGGGGCUUUUACAGGUGUCAAGACUCUGUACCAUCUCCACCUGGACAACAACCUCCUGGAGCAGCUCCCAGACGGCGUCUUUCAGAACCUGACAAAUCUGAUCUUCCUCCACUUGGAUCACAACCAGAUUACUCACCUCCCGCCAGGUGUGCUCUCUUCCCUGAAGCAGCUCAGUGUCCUGGACCUGAGUUACAACCUACUGCUGGAGCUCUCUGACCAAGCCCUUCACGGUCCCCUCCGGCUGCGUCGGCUCUACCUGAGCGCGAACCAGAUCACCAACGUGUCCAGCAGAGCCCUCCCAGGCAGCCUGCGGGCCCUCAGCCUAGACAGGAACCAGCUGGCCAGCGUGCCUGCGGCCAUCCGCGCCUCUCCCAUGCUCGCCACCCUGCAGCUGAGCGGUAACCCCAUCCAGAAGCUGACGUCUCUCUCCUUUGGGAGGAGGCUUCGCUCCCUACGCCAGCUGUACCUGGACAGCCUGGCCCUGGAGCAGGUCACCUCCUUAGCUUUCACUAGGCUGCGCUCGCUGGAGCUGCUGAGCCUGAGGAACAACAGCCUGGAGUCGCUCCCGUCUCUGUUCCCCCUGAAGGGGCUCUCUGCGCUCUAUCUGACUGGGAACAAGUGGCGCUGUGACUGCAACCUGAUCUGGCUGCGCACCUGGCAGAGGAAGGUGCUCCGGAAAGAUCGCAGCCCCGUGGUGUGCAGCUCCCCGGCGGCGCUGCAGGGACAGCUCCUGGCAGAUGUAGAGUUACAGAAGCUGACUUGCCCACCUUUUGGGAUGGACCCCACCACCCUCAGCCCCUCUGAGAACUCGAAUACACCUAUGGCCACAGCUCCGCCCAGAGACAGACCUCUCCCUGGGUUUGCUACCACAGUUACCACCACGACCUCCACCACCCAGCCCACUACAAGGAUCACUAGCUUCACCGUGCACCUAGCUACCUCUCAUCACCGUGUGCUGGAGAAAUGGGAUCCAUGCUUGGCCGACCACAUCAGCAGUGUCAGCAUCAGGUCCAAAGGCGACAGCUCCCUGGUAGUUAGCUGGUCGUUCUCCAGUGAGCAUGACCAGUUUGAGGUGCGGUACACGUCUGACUGGGGUGAGCAGGUGCUGCGGGUGAUGGGGGGAUUGACAGAGGUGACACUCCAUGAACUCCAUGCAGGGACUGAGUACAGAGUCUGCAUCAUCCCCCAGAAUGAAAAUCUGCCCGAGUGCCAGACCCCUGCUGCCCGGCAGUGCAUAGCCGCGCACACAGCCGGCCUUCCUCAUGAUGCACAGCCUGUGCACGCCCCACUCGGCCACAGCCACUCGGCCGUAGGUAUUGGUGUCGCUGUUGCUCUGUUAGGCCUGGCGGCACUGGCCCUGGCUGUCACUUACAGGCUGCGGACACGGCCGAUCCAAUUCCAGCGCUACUAUGAUGAAGAUGAGUCACGCCCCCAUUGCAGGAGCAGCAAGCCAGCCAAGAUGACCAUGUACCCAGUAGACGAAAGCAUGGAGGACGAGGACCGGCACGGUUAUAUGACCGCUGCCAGCCAGUGCCCAGAGGAGAAGGUAGACGGCACCGUGCGUGCCCCACCCAGACUCAUGUCCACACCCACGUAUGUGACUCUGUGAUUCUAACUGCCCCACGCAACAUCCUGCAACAGAGCAGGAUGGGUCUGCCACUCACCCAGGGACUCGACAGUCCUGUAACUGCCUCUUGUGACUGACGGGGACAGCAAAGCAGAGCCAUAGAAAGCUGAGAUGGGAAAAGCCUGUGGCUUAAGGCCCUUUAUCCAUCCCAGUCCAACCCCACUGCAGCUAGUGCAGCCUUGUUCCUUACAGAGAAUCCCAAGGGAGAACAAUGCACAGUCUCAUCUAAAUAGCUUUGAUGAGUUGGAUCUCCACUGUGGUCCCCCUGUGAUUCACAAAGCCAUGUGCCUUCUACCUGCAGGGUGAUAUAGAAAGGCAGAGUCAGUGACUAGUUUCCAUUUGACAGGCAACCUCUGCAUGGCUGAGGGUUGCUAUUUAUAGCAAAGCUGGACUGGAAAUCUCAGGAGAAGGUAGUUUUGGAGCUCCCCUGCUGUUGCCUGGAGGAUUGUUUGCCACUUCUACCAAUCCCACCCCAAAAGUAGUUUCUGCUUUGGCAUGUAGUUUUACACCCUUAGGCUUCAUCUACACUGCAGCUUUUAGCGACAAAAUAUGCUAAUGAGACACUCAUUUGCAUGAGUUAUAUCUCAUUAGCAUAUUUUCUGCCAUUUGUUUUUGUGCUAGGGGGUUUUGCGCAAAAACAAGCAGUGUGGACUUUUUUGUGCAAAAACCCGGGGAGAGGCAUAAGGCUCAUACGCAAAACAGGAUUUUUGUGCAAAAAAAUUCCAUACUGCUUGGCUUUGCGCAAAACCCCCUAGCGCAAAAACAACCGGCAGACAAUCUAAUGAGAUUGUGAGUCCUGCAUUAGCAUAUUUUUUUGCCACAAAAAGCUGCAGUGUACACGAAGCCUUAGACAUGAACGUGGGGUGGGGGGAGGGAGAGAGAUAUAGGAAGAAUCUGGAGGAGCAAAGAAGAUAAAAUGUUUGCAGCUCAAGUUUGACCACAGCUGAGGCCCAGUGAAAGCCAUAGGGAGCCACAGAAGAAGAGAAGGAAUUUGCACUAGCCCUGCCUAGCCCAUGUGAAAGGCUGGGGAGGGGAGCCAGGCGCUACACACUGUGGGGAGAAAGGAAGGAAUUGUAUUUCUGGUGUAGUACAGGGCUCAGGUCAGUCAAUGCCUCUAUAACCCUGACAUGAUGGAGGAUAAACAAAUCCAGUGGCAACUUGAAGCCUAAUAGUUUUAUUAUGGCAUAAGCUUUUGUGAGCUUCAACUCAGUAACAUCAUUAGUCUUUGAGGUGCCACUGGUCUCCUCAUUGUUUUUGCUGAAACCCGUCAUAGACGUUGUGAAUUCCCAGCCAAGCAAGACAUUCAGAGCUGUUAUUUGUUGGUUGCAUUUACCCUGCCUUACCUGCCCACUGCCUUGGUGCAGGUUUUUGAAUGUUCCAUUUUGUCCAAAAUAAAGGCAGGCUGGCAGGUGUGGGAAGGGGGAUGGGACUGUUUAAAUGCUUUCAAGUUAAAAAUAAUCUUGUUUUGUUUUCCAUUGUGUAGUUUGAAGGGUUCCCCUAAGCUGCACACUCAGAAUGAGCAGCCUUUCAUCCAAGGCUUCUUAUAGCUGUGGGUAUCCGCAUCCAGAGUUGUGAAUAUCAAUUCUGUAUCCAUGCAGGGUUCUACUCAUGCAGUUGGAGGGGCCCUGCAGAACACUGGACCUUGCUCUGGUCUCCUCACUGCAUCUCCCUGCUGGGGAUUGGCCUGAAAGGAGCUUGGCCCCACACUUUUCAAUCUCAUGCUUGAACAGCAUUUUGAGCAUCUUCCAGACUACUCCACAUUCGAUUGCUUGGGACUUGCCCCAGUCUACAAGCUGUAGGAGGCUGUGGAAUAAUCUCCUAGGUGAAGAGGUGCAGAGCCUUUGUAGCACAUUCCACUUUCAAAGCACCUACAGAAUAUUCUUCCUUCCUCCCUCCCAUUUAACAAAGGGGGAAACUGAAUCAAUAGCCAUUUGACAAAUGGGGAAACUGAGGCAGACAGGGUGAGUGGCUUGCUCAGGGCCACAAAGCAAUUGGGGGCAGCACUCUGAAAUCGUGUGGGGCAGACCAGCAAGAUGUAGCCUCAUCAGUUUAUUUCAUCCCUAAUAAUCUUUAGACAAACCUCAUCCUUUGUCUACAGGCAAAGUCCUAGUCUUUUUCUCCUUGCCCUUCCCUCCUCCCUUCAGAAAGAAGGGGGCUGUGUCUACACUGGCGUGAU